AGGGCCAGAGCCGGGGCUCGGGCAGGCUUUGUCCCGGGCACCGCACGCCAGGUACGAGCUGGCACCGGGGCGAGCGGACACCGGGAGCAGCGGCCGGGAGCAGCCGGGGCUGGAGGAGGAAUGGCCUACAAAGGCCAGGUGGUGGCAGGGCUCCUGGCAGGCACCUGUGUCUUCAGCAUCAUCGCCCUCAUCCUCAGCGUGGUGAACGUGAAGGACUUCUUCCUGCCUCCUGGAAGCAAGUACGGGCUGGUGUUUGAUGCUGGCUCCACGCACACCUCCCUCUACAUCUACCGCUGGCCCGCGGGCAAGGAGAACAGCACUGGCAUCGUGUCCCAGGUGGAGGCCUGCAGAGUGGAUGGACCUGGCAUCUCCAGCUAUGCAGACAACCCUGCUGGGGCUGGAGCCAGCCUGAAGCCCUGCCUGGACAAGGCCAUGGAGGUUGUGCCUGCUGAGCAGCAGCAGGAGACCCCCACCUACCUGGGGGCAACGGCGGGCAUGCGUCUGCUGAGGGAGCAGAACAGCAGCAAGGCCGAGCAGGUGCUGGCUGAGGUUGCCAAGGCCAUCGGGCAGUACCCUGUGGACUUCCGCGGAGCAAGGAUCCUGACGGGGAACGAGGAGGGCUCCUUUGGCUGGGUCACUGUCAACUACCUGCUGGAGACUCUGAUCAAGUUUUCCUUUGCAGGGCAGUGGGAGCACCCAGAGCACGCCGAGGUUGUGGGAGCCAUGGACCUUGGGGGAGCCUCCACACAGAUCACCUUCCAGCCCGGAGUCCCCCUGGAGGACCAGAACACUUCUGUCUUCUUCAGGCUAUAUGGCACUGACUACUCCCUCUACAGCCACAGCUACCUCUGCUAUGGGCAGACUCAGGCCUUGAAGAUGCUGCUGGCAGCUCUCCACAAGGGCAACUCCUCUUCCCCCCAGAUAUCACACCCCUGCUACCCCCGGGGGUACCAGGAGAACACCACCACGGCAGAGCUCUACGACAGUCCCUGUGUGCAGGCACCAAGCAGUGCCAGCCCUGCAGAGAGCCUGACGGUGACAGGGACAGGGGACCCAGCAGCCUGCAGUGCUGCCAUCGAGGACCUCUUCAACUUCAGCUGCGGAGCCAACCAGAGCUGUGGCUUCAACGGGGUCUAUCAGCCCCCCGUGCGCGGAGCCUUCUUCGCCUUCGCUGGGUUCUACUACACCUUUGACUUCCUGAACCUCACCAGCCUGGGGUCCGCAGGCGCUGCCACCGCCGCGGUGCAGAGCUUCUGCAGGAGGGAGUGGACGGAGCUGCUGGGGACCUACCCCCAGGCCGGCAGGUAUCUACACUCCUACUGUGCCAUGGCAACCUACAUCCUGACUCUGCUGCUGAAGGGCUACAAGUUCGACGAGCAGACCUGGAGCCACAUCCACUUCAGCCGGCAGGUGGCCAACACGGACGUGGGCUGGACGCUGGGCUACAUGCUGAACCUCACCAACCUCGUCCCUGCGGAGGGGCUGCAGCACAGCAAGGGGCACCCGCCCGGCCUCUGGGCAGGAGCUGUCUCCUUCAUCGUGCUGGCCACGGUGACAGGCCUGGUGGCCAUUCUCCUCCAGUGCCUCUGGAAGAGCAAGUAGCUCCCAGGCAGGGAAGUGCUGCAGAAGGUGGAAGGAGGAGAAGCUUGAGGGCAUUAGACCCAUCUCCAGUGCUCAGGGGGCUCAGCUGGGUCAUCUCUGAGGGUGUCAAAUGUGUCUUGAGCUCUGUAAGUACCUCCAGGAGGAAAAAGACUCCUUUAGCCUGGCUAAAGCUGACCAAGACCUGGUGGCUUGGCACAGGCCAGAGAAAUCCCAGCUGGAAAUAAAUCUGCUUUUGUUUUUCAAA